AUGAACAAUACAGAGCUGCCCGACCUCACAGUGCUCCCUUCCAAAGGCCCUCCCAGCACAAGAUGGGCCCAGGAGAUCCACCUCAUUAAGCUGUUGGACCAAUCGAGGCAACAAAGCUAUGAAGAAACACCAAAGUGUCACCGGGAAAAGGCCACAGAUUUUCUCAAGGACAUGCAAUCCAGUGGAUCCCUGUUCCGAUGGCUCAUUAAUGCUGCCUAUGCCAGCUUCCUGGAGCAACGGUCCUCCCCGCAGUCUGACUUGGUGAAGAGCAGGAGGAGGGGACACGAGUUUCACAAUUCUUCACUCAGCGACUGUGCACCGAGCACUCACCCUGUGCCAGGUGCUCAGAACUCCACGCAGGAGAUCUUUGAAGAGCUACAUGAUGGGUUCGACUUCUCUCCCUCCCUAGUCAAGGGGCAGGAGCAGCAGGCCGCCAGCAGCAUCCUGUGCCGGUCUGAGAACUCCACUCAGGAGAUGUUUGAAGAGUUAUGUGUUGGGUUCGACUUCUCUCCCUCCCUAGUCAAGGGGCAGGAGCAGCAGGCCACCAGCAGCAUCCUGUGCCGGUCUGAGGAACCCACCCUGUCCGUGGCUGAGGCCCGCACGAUGCUGACCCUCAAGGCAGGCGCAGUGCAGAAGGUGGUAGGAUGCCUGCAACCAUCUUUCCAUGGCAGAUCCAUCUCCGUCACCACCUUCCCGUGUGUGUACCAGGCCUUCUACCCGACCCCACAGGUCCUGGACCAGCUGCUCCAGAGUGCCCUCUCUCCCAUCUGGGGCCCCCGGCCUCAGGAGAACUCCCAGGAUAUGUGGCAGAUGCUGCGGCACUCCAGGAUCAACCUGACGUUGGCGUAUCUCCAGGACCUCUUGGCCUGGCUCAGUCCUGAAGCACCAGGCCACCCCUCUUCUCCUCCAGGUGGACCUUUUCCAGGCCACUGAGUUGGAGACAGAGGCUCCUGCCCCAGCUCUAGCACUUCUGCCAGGUGCAGAGGCA